GGCGCCAGGACGAUGCUGCGUCUCUGGCUGCUCCUCACUGGGUUGGUGGGGCCAGCGCGGGGCACCUGGCCAGGGCCCGAGGCUGCCUGGCCGGGGCCCGAGGCUGCCUGUGGUCCUGAGGGCUGCUACGUUGUCUUCUUCCAGCGCCGCAGCUUCCUGGAGUCCUGGCGGAGCUGCCGGGAGCGUGGCGGGAACCUGGCCACGCUCAAGCGCCAUGAGGAGGCCGCCCAGGUAGCAGAGCUUCUGCAGGCCACGGGCCCAGGUACAGGGCAGCAGCGGCUCUUCUGGAUCGGGUUGCAGCGCCAGCCACGCCAGUGCUUCCCCCAGCGCCCACUGCGUGGUUUCACCUGGACCACCGGCGACCAAGACACGCUCUACACCAACUGGGCGCAGGCUGAGCCGGCUGGGGGCACCGCUUGCUCGGCCUCGCGCUGCGUUGUGCUGAGCUACGGCCCGGCCAUGCAGGAGAAUUUCCAGUGGCUGGAGGGUUCAUGCACCCUGCCCGUGGACGGCUUCUUGUGCCGCUUCAGCUUUGCCGGCAUGUGCCACGGGCUGGCCACGGAGGAGACAGGGCCCGUGAGCUACACGACGCCCUUCGGCCAGGUCAGCAGCACCCUGAGCCACAUCCCCUUUGGCACGGUGGCGUCCGUGGCCUGUGGCGGCGCAGCCCCUGUCUCGGUGCUGUGCAUGCAGCGGGACGACGGCUCCGUGGGCUGGUCCAAGGAGGAGCCCCUGUGCGGGGAGGAGCAGGGGGACUGGUGUGAGGGUGACAAUGGGGGCUGCCAGCAGCUGUGUGUGGAUGAGGGUCCCAGCUACUCCUGCGAGUGCCACGCUGGCCACGCCUUGCUGCCCGACGGGCGCUCCUGUGCCCCAGCCGAUGGCUGCCAGAAUCACCCCUGCCAGUUUGAGUGCGUGCCAGGAGAGGACGGAGGGUACCGGUGCUUGUGCCCCGUGGGCUACAUUUUAGCCAGCGAUGGGCACGCGUGCGAGGACACGGAUGAGUGUGCCACGGGCCCAUGUGAGCAGCUGUGUGACAACUUCCCUGGCGGCUUCCAGUGCCGCUGCCAGCUGGGCUAUGAGGACGACGGGGCCAGGGGCUGCGCCGACCUGGAUGAAUGCAGCUCCGCCCCGUGCGAGCACCAGUGCGAGAACACUGAGGGCUCCUAUCUGUGUCUGUGCCACCUGGGCUUCAGCCCGGCCGAGGAGGCACCGCAGCACUGUGUCGACAACGAUGAGUGCCAGAUCCCCGGCGUCUGCCAGCAGAUGUGCGUCAACUAUGUGGGCGGCUUCGAGUGCUACUGCACCGAGGGCUACGAGCUGGAGGCUGACGGCAUCAGCUGUGCCCCUCUGGCAGAGCCCCCCGUGCUGGCCACCAGGCAGCAGACCUUCUACCCACACUUCAGGGACCAGCAGGAGUGGGGGGCGGAGGUGCUGCAGGUUUUGGGGACGGACGAGCCUUUCAGCCUGACCCAGGAGUUCCCCGACCCCACUGCUUCCCCCUCUGAUCUCUCUCCUGCAGCCCCACACCCCAGCACUGGCCAUGCAGCCCCUCGCCCCUCCACUAUCCCACCAGCAUCCACCACCAGCCCCCUAAUCCCUUCCACAACCACUGGUCCCCCAGACCCCACCAUCAGCCCCCCAAUAUCUUCCACAACCACUGGUCCCCCAGACCUCACCACUGGCCCCCCAAUCCUCAGUAGCACCACCCUGAUCCCUCCCACAUCCACUGCUCCCCCAGAGCCCACCAAUGGCCCCACAGUUCCUCACACCAGCCCUGCUAUCACUCCCACAAUUGGUCCCCCAACCCCCAGCCCCAGCCCCCCAAGCUCCAAAUCUCCAAGAUCCCCUGGUGCUCCUGCCUCACCUUACAGUGUGGGGGAGGGGGACCCUGCUGCAGAUAGGGCCAGGGCGCCACUGCCCCCUUCGGAAGACCCCAGCACCUCUCCAGGUGGGGAGCGGGCACGGAGGAAGCGAGAUGACCGGUGGCUGCUGGUGGCAUUGCUGGUGCCCCUCUGUGUCUUCCUGGUGAUCAUGGUGGCGUUGGGCAUCGUGUACUGUACCCGCUGUGGCGCCAGGGCCAAGAGCCGCAGUGUCACACAGUGCUACCGCUGGGUCACCAGUGCGGGCGGCAAGGGUCCCCUCCACCCCCCUGCAGGGGCCCAUCUGACCACCUGCCGGACCAGCGUCUGAGACUGUGGGGGCCCAGAACACAAAGGAACCAGGACUCGCCCCCCCAUCAGCUGGGAGAUGAGACCCCCCUGGCUGGGAUGCCAGGACUGGCCUGCCACCCUCCCCAGCUGAGACCCAAGAGCCACCCCGUAGCCCCUGGCUGGGACAUGGAGGCCGACGCCCUGACUGGAGCAAGGGCCCUGCAGCCACCCUGCCCCCUGGCUGGGACAUGGACCCCCAUUUAUUUCCCAACUCCCCAGCUGGAGCAUGGUCCCCCCACAACUGUCCUGCCUCCAUCAGCCUGGAAUUGCGCAGUGGCUGUCCUGGAGAUGGAAUUACCCUCACCCCAGGGCUGGCACUAGGUCUAGGACUGGGCCCCACGAUCCAAGGCAGAGACAUGGAUCCCCUACACCCUGCCUGGGAAACUGCCCCCCCCCCCCAUAUCAGGGGUGGGUUUCUCCUUAUCUUGCUCCUUGGACUUCUGCUGAAUGGACACAGGAGCCGCCUCCACUGCUCUGGGGCCCCCUCUGAUUGUGGGGAACCUCUGAUGGGACCCACUGCUACCCCCACCCAAGAAAAGCUUCAAGAAACUGACAGGGAUGGAGAAGUGCCUGCAGGACUUGAGAGACCUCUGGAACUGGGGGUCACAGAGCCAAGAGGGGAGGG